AUGGCUGACGACGGUAAAAGCAUUCCUCAUGAGUUUCGUGCUCGAAGAGUGGAUGGCAUCAUCAACGGUUUAGAAGAUGCUGCAAAUCAAAGUCGUCUAUCGCAUGAUCGUAUGUCAGCCGAAGAAGCGAGAUUAUUUGCAGAAAUAUCAAAAGGCGAUAUUAAGAGACAUAAAGCAUAUUUGGCAAUAAGAAACAAUAUUUUAAGAUUGUGGUUUGAUGAACCACGAUAUCAGUUAACAUUUGAUAAAGUAGUUGAAACAUUGGAUAAAAUCGAUAUAACACUUUUGUCCGAAGAACGCGUAUUGGUUGGAAAAGUUUUUUUUUAUUUGGAACGAUAUGGCUAUAUAAACUUUGGGGUAUUUCGACGACAAACAGCUUCACCAGAGCAGAAAAAAGGACGAGUUAUUAUUAUCGGUGCAGGUAUAGCGGGGAUUAUUGCUGCCAGACAAUUACAGUAUUUCGGUUUUGAUACAAUCAUAUUAGAAUCUCGAGCGAGAGUCGGUGGCCGAAUAGCUACAUUUCGAAAGAAUGGCUACGUUGCAGAUCUCGGCGCAAUGGUUGUUACUGGUUUAGGUGGCAAUCCGGUAUCCGUACUUCAAACACAAACAAAUCUUGAUCUUGUUCCGGUCAAGCACAAAUGUCCGAUGUAUGAAUGUUCUUCAGUCGUGGUACCAAAAGCAAAAGAUGAAGUUGUUGAGCGUGAAUUCAAUCGUUUAUUAGAAGCUUGUUCAUAUCUAUCUCAUAUGCUCGAUUCUAAUGAACUAACAAAGCAACCACUGUCACUCGGAGAUGUAUUUGAAUUACUGAUACGGUAA